CUCGGGCUCGGGCUCGGGCUCUCCUCAGGCGGCCGCUCUCUCCGCAGGGGCCACGGCACCUACGUGGACGAGGAGAAGUUUAUCGCCUCGGUGGCCGGCGCCGUGGAGAGGGUGAACAAGCUGGUGUGCGUCAAAGCGCUGAAGACCAGGUACAACGGCGAAGUUGGCGAUAUCGUGGUCGGGAGGAUCACGGAGGUAAAGCAGAAGCGAUGGAAGGUGGAAACCAAUUCCCGGCUCGAUUCAGUUCUGUUGCUGUCGUCUAUGAAUUUACCUGGUGGGGAGCUGAGAAGGAGAUCAGCAGAAGAUGAGCUUGCAAUGAGGGACUAUCUGCAGGAAGGGGACCUCAUCAGUGCAGAGGUCCAGUCUGUGUUUUCUGAUGGGGCUGUAUCACUGCACACACGGAGUCUGAAAUAUGGGAAGCUUGGCCAGGGUGUGCUUGUUCAGGUCUCGCCCUCCCUCGUGAAACGCCAGAAGACUCACUUCCAUGACUUGCCCUGUGGUGCAUCCGUGAUCCUCGGCAACAAUGGUUUCAUCUGGAUCUACCCAACUCCAGAGCAGAAAGAUGAAGAGGCAGGGGGCUUCAUCACCAACUUGGAGCCGGUUCCCUUGUCUGAUCGGGAGGUGAUAUCACGGCUCCGAAACUGCAUUGUGGCUCUGGUUACUCAGAAGCUGAUGCUCUUUGACACCAGCAUCCUGUAUUGCUAUGAAGCAUCCCUUCCUCAUCAGAUCAAGGACAUUCUCAAACCAGAGGUGAUGGAGGAGAUCGUUCUGGAAACCCGACAGAGGCUGCUGGAUCUGGAGGGAUAGGGCACAUGACCAGAAGCAGUCAUCUGAAGUCCCAGCACGGCAGCUUUUGAUUCUCAGUAUUUUUUUUUUUUUUUCAGUGUUCUAGUCCCCAAUAUUCAUUCCAUACUUCAGAAACCAUCAAAAUUCCUCAUUUUAACUCCUAGGAUACCUCCUGAGCCCUUUUAGUACAAUAGUACUAAAUAGUACUUAAGUACAAUAGCCUUUUAGUGCAGCAGCCUGAAAAAUUGAUAUCUGACCUUUAUGAAGAUGCAGAUGCAACUGGGACAUAAUCUCAUAGCACUCAUUGCUGUGUCUAGUGCCCCUGAACUUUGUGCAGAAUGAUUGAGAGGAAAGGAUGUGUUUUGUGAUGUUUCUCUCUCCCCAAAGGCUUUCUAAAUGGUUUUGAUUUUCCUUUACUGUGAUACAGAUCUGCCAGUCUGUCCUCUGACUGAGGGCUCUUGCUUUUCUCUUUUAAGACUGCAGAUCGCAGGUACAAGUCUUUAGAGGCCAAGGGUAUCACACCCUUGCUAACCACGUUUUGGGUCUGGCUGUUCAUGGUUUAUACGUCUCAAGGGUAUGAGAAUGGAUGUGGCAUGAUGCGGCUGUCCACAUGAGCCAGGAGCCAUGGGCGAGCAGUAUCUUUUCAGUCUAUGUGCAUCCCGCUGUUCCCUUUUUUAAUGCCUGAUGUGGUGAGCUCCUCCUCUGAGGAGGCUCCAGUAUUGUUUUCUAUUAAAUGUUUUACUUUUCAAUAAAUUUUUUGAAACAGACCAGUUAUUCAGGAGUGUGUGCAUUGGUUUAUCUUUCUCCAGAGUGAAUUUGGUUUAACUUGAGAACUGUGGUUGGCUCAGGCUUCCAUGUGCCAGGAUACUUGGAACGGUUGCAACGUCCGGUCAUCUCUUCAACUGUUGCUCUUCAUCCCAUUAAAGCAGGACUUGACCUUCCUCUUCAGCAUAUCUUCUGUGCAGAGUUUCUCUGUAAGUAGAUUGCCUGGGAGGGUUCACAGUGGCUCUCUCAAAAUCGCUUCCCUGCAGGAUCCCAGGGAGAGGCGAGUCAUGCAGCAGCUGUGUCUGGGAGCCCAGUAUGACACUGGUGGAGAUCCUCAGGCCAGUGGUUAGAUGUGGGCAUGCUGAGCCAGAUGUUGGCAGUCAGCCACUUGCCUUCUCUGUACAGAAUGGAUGUGAUGCUUUCCUUAGAACAUCCUCUCAGAUUUCUGGUGCUAUAUUAGAGCCGUUUCUAUUAUGUAUGUAUUGUGGAUAUAUAUUGUAUUUGUAUUGUAAUAGAGCUGCUUGCACCACAGUGCUGUAAUUCUCAAAAAGGAUGAAAAAGAAGAAUGUCUCUCCUUAAUUGUCCCUGAAUCUAAUUCUAACGCUGCAAAUUCUCAUGCUUGCCCCAGGCAAAAGGAAAAAAAUUCUUCGCUCAAUCUUUUCUUGGGAGCUAGAAAUACCCUUCAUUGCUUCUCCUCUAGUUCAGACUGCCCUGCCUCCGGUCUAGAGUAAGCACUAGGUGGCAGCUUUGGAUCGUAUUUGUAGUAUGUCUUCCCUAGCAGCUCAGCCUCAUUGCCCUGCCAAAUAGCAAAGGCUGGAUGUCUGCCACCAGCACUGUUACCUAAAUACUAGAGCAUUAUGGAGCUCAGUGGCUAAGGACAAGCAAGGACACAGUUAAUCCAUUUGCUGCUGUGCAGCUCAAACUUCAGCCCAUGCUGCCUCUGUAAAGUAGUACUUAACUUCUUGGGGAUAUUGGUGGAAUGCUGCACACAAGACCCAGGAAUUGUUAUUUUUGAGUUUUAUGAGGAUUCCCUAAUAAGUGCUGUGACGAUUGCAUCCUCAAGAUGACUUGGGAAAUCUGAAAAUUAAAGCUUGACAGUGACACUGUCGGGUUUGUGGAUAAUGCUGCUCCCAGCCUCAUGCACAUUUGUGUGGACAGGAACAGUGCAAAAAGGCUAAAAGCUUUAGCAGCCUCUGAACCUUUCAAUUAGAAAAGCACCUCUUUUCAUCCCUACCCAAUUGCUGUAGUUUAGCAGCUUUUUAUCUUGCUACCAUAUGGGGAGAUUCAGGGAUUUCUGCUGUGAGGCUUCUAGGUGUAAGCAGAUUGGGGAUAUACAAGCAAUGAGAUAAAGUAUUUGAUGUUUCCUUAUUUUAGAGCAUUUUUGAAGGUUGAUGGAGAGGUCGGUAUUUAAUCCAGUAGAUCUCUUCGCAUCUCUGCCCCUUAAUUUAAACAGCUGUGUGUCAGUUAAAGGGUAAAGGGGUGAAGAGACUUACUUCGCUACCACCCAGAGAGAUUUGGUAUCUGGAAAUGGUUCUACUGAACUGGUACAUGAAUGCAAAAUGCUCCUCUGUCCUCAAGCAACCUCUCUGCAGGCAUCUAACAGGUCAGAAAGGGGUUGGGGGGGGGGGUUAUGAGGCUCUUGAAAGUGCUGUCGAUAAUGUGGUGGAAAUGUGCUGAGGAAGUGUGCUCUGGAGGUGGUUAAUUUAGAGUUGGACCAUGGAUCAUGAUCCCUCAAGCAUGAGCUGUCAGACCUGCAAGGUGAGACAGUGCCAGGUUCUCAUAAUGCAGAUUUUAGGAAAAGGGUGCUGCUGUCUCUGCAGCAGGCUCUGUGGGCUGCACAGCUGAGUUGUCUUCCCUGCCCCCCCUUCCUUUUUUUUUUUUUCCCCCCCUCUGCAUUGCAGUCUUUAAAACUGUGGUCCAUUUCCAGGCUUCUUAUACUAUGCCUCUCUCCCCCUUGUGAGCCUUCUUUGGUUAUUUAUGCUUAAUAAAUGAGUAUACAACCUGAAAAACAAUGAGCUUGAGAUCUGGACUGCUUCAGCUCUGGGCUUUCCGAUUCUGCCUGCUUGCUGCAGCAUUCUCAGUAUUUUGGCCUUGGGAAUGUAUUAAAUGGGGGAGAGUAUGUGACUUAUCCAGUUCCCGUGCUCCCAAAUACCUGGCAGUUUUGUUUUUAAGCCUGAGAACAAGAGCAGCAGCUGAUAAGGUUUGGUUAUGGACCUUUUCUGAUGUGUGGGGGCAGCUGAAGGUCCUGGUAUUUUCCUCUGUGGCCACGAGGGGUCAUUGCCGUUCUUUGCAAAUUCAGCCAGUGUUUUGCCAAGCCCAGACCUAAAUUCUGUAACAAGGCUUCAGUGAGGGCGUUGCUGCCAGUUCCUGCAACCCCAUCAAGCACAGCUUUGCAAGCCAGCAGGUAACUAGGGAUGAGAGUGACAAACUUGUGUGGGGAGGGAGAAACUUCCUGAGCAGUCUCAAAGGUGUCUGAGAGAGGUGCCAGGCCAGCUGCCAUUUACUGUUGAUUUGUCUGAAUCCCUGUGAUUUUUCGCUCUCUUGACCAAUGUCAAGUGCCACCAGUGCUCACCCAUCUCGAAAGCAACUGGAUGUGUUGCUGGGGCUUGCAGUUCCCAUAUGGAGAGGCUUCAAGUAUCGCUCGCUGUUCAGUCAUGACCCACAAGGUGGCAAAUGACAUUUCCCCUGUGCCUGGCAGAGAUGAGUGAGGAGUCAGACAGGGUCUAGGGGAGGCAGCUCGGGUUGGUGAGGGAGCCAGGGCCUCUUUUUCCAUAGGCAGGUCUGCAUGGGAGUAUGGACAGGCUAUAUAAAAUGCCUUUGAAACGGGAAGUGCUUGAGAUAUAAAGGAGGACUCCAGCAAAAGCAGUGUCCUCUUGAAUUCUUGAAGCAGUCUGUGGGAUUUUGCUAGGCAACUUCUUAGCAGGAAGGGUAAAAAGGAAGAAGUUAUGGCUUCUCUGGUUUAAGAACAGAACCAUAGUCGAAAGCGGGGUGGUAACAAGUGUUCAUUUUUUAUAUGGGGAACUUAAAAUGCCCAUGCAGGUGUUAAAACAGCAUAGACCAAUCUGAUUUCUUUGCUCACCAGUGUCUGACGGCGUGGAGCCUGUUUGUAAACCAGCUGUAGCACCUGCCUGUGUUGCUUACUCCAGGGUUAAUACGUGGCACAGAUGUGCUUGGAAGUGGAGCAAGUAGAUGGUUCCCUUGCUGGUGAGUGCUGCCUGCAGAAACAAGAACACAAAAUCACUUGUCUGUAGAAAUAAUUUUCAUGUUUCUUGGUGGCAGUGUUUGAUUCAUGUAGUAAUAUGAAGAGUGGCAACCCCUCCCUUUACUCCCAGUAAUAACCAUUGGGAUUUUAAACUUGUGCUAAUGGGUUAUUAAUCCAAUUACUGCUGCUUAUUACGUUACUUCUGUAUCAUCUGCAUGCAGUUCUGCUGUUCAGUUGUGGUGAAUGGUAUAAAUACAAAGCUUUGAGCAGACCCUAGAAGAUACUGAAACCCCACUGAGAUUACAGGCAGUCUUGAAAUUGUUGUCACAGGUUCCUGAGGGCCGCUAAUUAAUAUGCUAAGGUUUAUUAUUUGGUAAAGAGGUUGAAGUUUUAAGAGAUCAUUAUGGAGGAAAUGGAGGAAAAUAUCACUGCAGCUGUGGGCUGUAACAACCCACACUUAAUUGGAGGUAAACAGAGUAUUGACAUUUCUUUUAUGAAACAUACGGGAUGUACGCAGGCCACAUGCAAGGCUCGAUUGAAAGAAACAGUCUGUAGAUUUUUUUCUUAAUUUAUUUUGCAUUCACACAAUCUUUCUGUUAAUUCUGAACUCACCGGGCAACUUCAAGUUUGUUAACAUGAGACAGUCGUGUUCACAAAAACUGGCAGCGGGUAGGGGACAGAAAAUAGGAUACCCUUCAGGAAGGAAAAUAAGGCAGAUAUCCUGCUGUGAUAUUUGGGAGUGACCAGCUGGCCCGCCUGCCUGUGGUAUAGCCCCAGAUUACCUACAGCACUGUUUUGGGAAACGGGAAAUGCUUUUGGAGCAACUGAGUGGAGAGGUUGGGGACUGCUGACAAAGAACCUGCCCCGCUUUGCUGCUUAUGGCUGCAAAGCAUCAGAAGGAAUACCUGACUGUUGACCUGAAUGAUAAACUCACCUAGUCUGUUAAAUAUUGUAAAUAUGUUCAUCUACAUAGAUCUCAGGUGAGGCAGGGAGAAGCGUAUAUGCAGCCUGCAUUGUCCAGAACACAAGUCCUGCUUACUUGCAAUUAACCUUUGCGUAUUUUGGUGAAGGUUGUCUAUCAUGGACCUGUGGUGGUCUUCUGGAGUUCACUCUGCUUCAGCCCCGCCACGGUAGGAGAGAUUAUCCGGGAUGCUCCAGUCAGACCCAGAAGGGAAUGCAUUUUUCAGUAAAGGAUGGUUGGUAUUGUUUUUUGUAACAAGUUUCUCUCAGGCUGCUCGACCUGCGUUGACAGACAGCUUUGUUUCCUCGGUUUCCUUCAAUCUGUGGGAGCUGAGCAGGGGGUUAGAUCACCGCAGUGAGAAGCUGAUCUCCAUUACUGAGAUAAACCUGGAGAAAUUCUGCUGAGUUCAAGAGAUGUGACCCUGGAUUUGUCUCAGCAUAAUGUACCAGAAUUUCUCUCUCCUGCCUGUGGGUAGCACAAACAGCCUCAGUAGCUGCAAUUUCAGUCACUGAUGAAGAAAUGCAAUAGAAAUGGUUUGGGAUCAAUCUCCUGGAUAAGAAUUAGUGGUGUAGGAGCAGACUGGCACAGCAGAGGAUCCCAUAGGGCCGUACAAAGUGCUGCAUUUCAGAUGCUGUUGUUGGAAGACGAAAAGUACAUGUCUGCCAGGGACCUUGAAUAUGGCUUAGGAGACAUGGAGUACAUUUGGACUUGUCACAAGGGAGGAGUCAGUAUAAACAAGCUGCCCGGUGUCCAGAUGUUUACCCUGAGCAGGAGGCUACUGCACAAAAUUGCAUUUGUGUGUUCUGCCGUUGUCGAGUGGGAGCAACCACAGACCUUUGACCAAAACACCCUGACCUCAAGCUGCUGCCUCAACCCUCUUCUAUUCCCAAGGUGAACUGGAGAACGUAUGAGAAACUAAAUAUCUUCAGCGUCACCGUCUGUGCUCUUUAGCUCAGGGAACACUUGUGCUGCACAUCUAAGGGCACCACA